UGAGCACCUGACAGACGAGGGCUUCAGUGUCAGAGUCCAGAAGUUAAACUUCAAAUGACAGCUGCUGCUCAGCAAAUCUGUUUCUCUGGUACCUUAAACUGAGCUCAUCCAGCCUUUCUCAACAGCAGAGCAGAGCUUCUGUCCAACACUGGGUCUGAAGAGCUCACUGCCUUGUGCCUGACACACCUGCAGGGAGAGGCUGAGAUUCAACUGAGUCUAUCAGGUUUGCCCCAACAACACAGCAGAGUCUCUACAAAGAUCAAGUGCAGACAUGUCUGCUGCCAGCUGUCUUCUAUCUGAAGAUCAGUUUCUGUGCUCCAUCUGUCUGGAUGUCUUCACUGAUCCAGUCUCCACACCAUGUGGACACAACUUCUGCAAAAACUGCAUCAGUCAUCACUGGGAUAUCAGUGAGAGGUGUCAGUGUCCCAUGUGUAAUAAGUUGUUUGAGACCAGACCUGAGCUGCACAUCAACACUUUAUUUUCUGAGAUGGUUUCUCAGUUCAGACGUAAAGCUCAGCAGAAAGUCAGCCAGAAAAGACAUCAGCUGAUUGAUCCUGAGGAGAACCUGGAAGGCAGGAUGUGUAUGAAGCACAAUAAACCUCUGGAGCUGUUCUGUAAGACCGAUCAGACAUGUGUCUACGUGCUCUGCUCUGUUGUUGACCACAAGACUCAUGAGUUUGUUCCUAUGAGAGAAGAAUAUGAAGGAAAGAAGGCAGAACUGGGGAAGACUGAGGCUGAAAUUCAACAAAUGAUCCAGAAGAGACGACUGAAGAUUCAGGAGAUCAAAAAGUCAGUGAAGAUGAGUAAAGAUGCUGCAGACAGAGAGAAAGCAGAAGGUGUUCAGGUCUUCACUGCUCUGAAGGAGUCUGUUGACAGACGCCUGAAUGAGCUCAUAAAGGAGAUUGAAGACAAACAAGAAUCAACAGAGAAACAGGCUGAAGGUUUCAUCAAAGAUCUGGAACAGGAAAUCUCUGAGCUGAUGAAGAGAAGCUCUGAGGUGGAGCAGCUCUCACACGCUAAAGAUCACCUCCACCUCCUACAAAGCUUCUCCUCUCUGAAAGCUGCUCCAACCACCAAAGACUGGACAGAGGUCAGUAUCCAUCCACCAUCAUAUGAGGGGACUGUGGUGAGAGCUGUGGAUCAGCUGAAGGCAACACUCAGUAAAGACAUGAAGAAGCUGUUUGAGGCUGAGUUGAAGAGGGUCCAGCAGUAUGCAGUGGAUGUGACUCUUGAUCCUGAUACAGCACAUCCUUAUCUCAUCCUGUCUGAUGAUGGAAAACAAGUACACUGUGGUGAAGAGGAGAAUGAUCUUCCAGACAACCCAGAGAGAUUUUCUCUGUUUCUUUGUGUUUUAGGAAAGCAGAGUUUCUCUUCAGGCAGAUUUUACUUUGAGGUUCAACUUACAGAUAAGACUAAAUGGUUUUUAGGAGUGUGCAGAGAGUCAGUCAACAGAAAGGAAGAAAUCACACUGAGUCCUGAGAAAGGUUACUGGACUGUAGCAGAACUAGAUAAAAAUAUUUAUGUAGCGCUUCAGGAUUUUCCAGUCCGUCUCCUGCUUCAGUCAGACCCUGAGAAGGUGGGGGUGUUUGUGGAUUAUGAGGAGGGUCUGGUCUCCUUUCAUGAUGUAGAUGAUGCAGCUCUUAUCUACUCCUUUACUGGCUGCUCCUUCACUGAGAAACUCUACCCAUUCUUCUGUCCCUGUGAUAAUGAUGAUAGUGGUGUAAACUCAGCACCUCUGAUCAUUUGUCCUGUCAACCAAUGAGUCUCAUCUUUUUCCAUGAGGAAAUUGGAUCAAUUACAGGAUAAUCUAAUUGUUUUAACACAAAGAAAAAGUCCAAUAAACAGAACUGAGCAAACUGCACCUGCUGAAGAUUAUGAGAGUCACUCAGAAGCUGCAGUUGAACUUUAGUUGAUUUCUUUCUUUCUUCUUCUUUAUUAAUCUGUUUACAAGUUGAAGAAAAUCAUCCAUUUGCAGGAGUCCAGUGUGAGUAAAUAAAAACUCUUCUUUUCUUCGAAUGUUUAAAGGCACGGA